GCUGGUGUCAGUAAAGAGCAGCGACACGCUACCAUCAUCCUGCAGUAAAACACCACCGACGAAGAAGAAGCAGCAGUUUGAACUGAACUGAUGGAAACGCGGUUGUUUCUCCAACAGCCGUAAAUCUGAACAAACUGUCCGGACGGAAGGUGGUUUAAACAGCAGCAGAGAUACACCUGAGGUUCCUCCAUGGCUGCUUCGACCUUACAGCAGCCCAGCUUCCUCCUGGCCAACCUUAAGGCGGAUUCCACCACCAAACCUCUCCUGCAGCGAUGCCAGGAUCUGGUGAAGAUCAUCGACGAGUAUCCAGCUAAGGAGCUGCAUGUGAUCUUCCCCUGGCUGGUAGAGUGUGUGUUCGGCAGUCUGGAUGGGAUCAUCUCUGGAUGGAACCUGAGACUCCUUCACUGUCGGAGCAACGAGUACGGCGUGGUGAUGGAGUUCCUGAACCCCAGCGGUCCCAUGAUGAAACUGGUUUACAAACUCCAAGCAGAAGAAUACAAAUAUGAAAUCCCCAUCAACUAUCUGCCGGGUCCAGUGAAGGCCUGCAUCCAGGAAGGAGUUCUCCCCGACUGUCCUCUGUUCCACAACAAGCUGCAGUUUCCUCUGUCUGGUCUGCUGACUCUGAACAUCGCUCUCAAUCCGUUUGAAUUCUUCAUGUUUAACUUCGCCUCCUGUCUCAUCACGCCAAAGAACUUCCCUCUGGGCCAACAUGUCAGCUCCACAGACUCCGCCUACUUUGUCCUGGUGGACAGCUACCUGAAGUAUUUCCUCCCCAGUGAAGGAAAUGUUCCUCCGUCUCCGUUCUCCGACUCCAGAGGUUCGGUUACAGCUCCAUCACCCAGGUCCUCCAGCGUUUCCUUCACUGGUUACGGCGUCCACAGUCCCAGUCUGCUGAAGCAUCACAUCUUCCAUCAGCCGUCGGUGAACGCCGACCCAGCAGCCCAGGAGAUCUGGAGGACUGAAACGCUGCUGCAGAUGUUUGUGGAGGUGUGGCUCCAUCACUACUCCCUGGAGAUGUACCAGAAGCUGCAGUCUCCUCAGGUAAAGCUGGCGCUGCUGCAGUACCGCCUCAGUAUGUCCAGCAUGCCGUACCAACCCCACGCCCCACCAGGCUCUGGGACCCUCCACACCUACCAAGAGCCCUUCAGCCCGACGGAGGAGCACGUGUUGGUGGUUCGACUCCUGGUCAAACAUCUGCACGCCUUCUCCAACAGCCUGAAGCCCGAGCAGCUGUCGUCCUCGCCGUCGGCCCACUCCCACACCAGCCCCCUGGAGGAGUUCAAGAGAGUUGUGGUGCAGCGUUUUGUGCAGCAGAAGCUCUACCUGUUUCUCCAGCACUGCUUCGGUCACUGGCCUCUGGACGCAUCUUUCAGAGCGGUUUUGGAAACGUGGCUGAGCUACGUCCAGCCGUGGAGGUACACAGGAGAGAAGACCGGCACUCAGCCCGACCAGAACAGAACAGAAAACAGAACCGUACCUGACAAAUGGGAAUCCUUCGUCCAGGAGAACCUGCUCGUGUACACGAAGCUCUUCCAGGUGUUCCUGAACCGAGCCGUAAGAACGGAUCUGGUCAACGCCAAAAAUGCACUGAUGGUGUUCAGGGUGGCCAAAGUGUUCGCUCAGCCCAACCUGGCAGAAAUGAUCCUGAAAGGAGAGCAGCUGUUUCUGGAGCCCGAACACGUCCUCCAUCACCGGCAGCCCCGCGGCUACCUGACGCCGGGUCAGGGAGGCAGCUACCUGUCGUCACGGCAACGGGUGGUGACGGACAUGGUGUUCAGGGUGAAGAGUCACGUCUACGCUCUGGAGGGGCAGGACUGUCAGUACAAGCAGAUGUUCGGCACCGAGCUCCGAGCAGCGGUCAUGAACUUAAUCCAGAUCAUCGCACAAGCCAGACAGACGGCCAAGAGGAUAUCGGAUCACUCCAGCGAGGUGGCGGCGAACAACUCCUUCCUGUCCUGGUUCGGACUCGCCUCGGAUCUCAACAGCACGUCCGGCGCCGAGCCCGAAGAGAGCGGAGAAUCUGAAAAGACCCACGAAUUCCUGGACAGAGCUCUGGAAAACCUCUGUCAGAUCUUUAAGCUGAACCAGGGUCAGCUGACUCAGCUCAUAUCAAACCUGGGCUCCUCCCAGGAUGACGAACUGCAACCAGCUUCCCGACUGCAUCCAGAGCGACAGCGGGCUGAUCCUGACGACCUGGGCAGGAGGCAGGUCGAUAUUAACGGACGCGGAGGUUUGACGUCCCGAUCAAGGAGACCCGGAGCUGCAGCCCAUCAGGACUACGAGAACGCCCUGCUGGUCAGGCUGUUCUACCAGAUCUCCUGCCUGGUCAACCACAGGAAAAGAGGCCGAGAUGUGGAGCAGCAGAUCACAUCCCAGCAGGAGACUGAAGAGAGUCGAGUCAAAAGGCUUCAGGAGAAGCUGAAGCAGGAGAUCAGAGAUCUGAAGAGGAAAGACGGCUGA